GGCUUGGCAAAUGUUACACGUAAGUUUGCUGCUCACCGACCACGUUGGGAAAAGAGUAAACGAAGUCCGUUUAAAUUCUUGAUCUAUCGGCACCGGUUGCGUGAUAUUAUUGAGUUCUUCAAUUGAGAUCUUGAGAUUUAGUUCGUCGGAAAAUUGUGUAUAUUAGCUCUAUUUUAUAGCAUAUAACCGCAUUACACGGUGUUAAAUUAGUCAACAGUGAAAAAAUAGUGGAACUGCCAAUAAUAUAGUGUAUCUCAAUGUUCGUUCUGAAAGUGAAAGUUAAGAGCGUGCUAAGCAUGAAGAUCGAAAUCAGAAAUUUCUUCUUGCUAACGAUCGUGACAACUCUGCUAAAUCUAGUAGUCAUAUCAACCGGGGUAUCAUCCGACAAUUUCCUGAAGCUGGAUGAGUUUAAUAGUUCACCAACGCGUCACAACCAUCGACAUCAUCCGUCGUCCGAGAAGCAGCAACAGCAGCCGCAGAAGGACAAUUUUAUCCUGAUCGAUUAUCUGAGCGAUGGAGAGGCGGAACGACGCAUCAGUUGGAACGGAAUUGCCGGCAAGGAGACCAGCAUCGGUGACAGUAGUAAAACACUCAGCUUAUGGCAAAUGUCCGACGGCAGAAGUUUCAUCCAGAUGAUCUACACAAGUGAUGGUCUUUUGAUGGAUUGCGAGUACGUGAGGCAAAAGAAACUUAUCAAAGACUUCCGCAACCGAUUCUAUGAUGAAAUCGAGCAGGCUCGAUCUCGUAACUUCAGUACCAAUUUUGGAGCAUCAAAGAAUCACCACUCACUAGUCUCGGACCAUGAUUUUCGCGAGUUUUUGGAUAAUGGUAUAAUCACUUCCGAGAUGGAGGAUCUGCACUAUAAUAUUCAGGAGUUUUCGGGAAAUCAGCCAUCCGUGCCACAAAGCGAUGCUUUCGGAAUGCGCAAUCUGAGUUACAUCCGGUUAGACAGUGAGGCUGAUAUACCAAAGGAUUUGGCGAAACAGCUGAAUUACCGAAGAUUAAAGCACCAGUGCGAUCAGCGACAUGUGCACAUGCGAGAUAUUGCCCAGAGACUGCAGAGCAGUGAUGCUCAGGAGAAACAGACUGCAGAGCAAUCCCUUCAAAGGCAUAAACGUGCCAUUGCCGAUUGGUUCCUAUCGCCUAAUACCAAGUGGUGUGGAAAAGGUCACUCCGCCGAACGGUAUCACCAACUAGGAGGCGCAUCUCGAGCAGAUAUGUGCUGUCGGCAGCAUGAUUACUGUAAAUUAUAUAUCCCCGCUAUGGCUACCAAGUGGGACUUGUUCAAUUAUCGUCCGUAUACGAUUAGCCACUGCAGCUGUGAUCAAAGACAACGCCGAGAUCUGGCAAGCAUGCUGCGUGUACCGGGCACCAAGUGGUGCGGUAAGGGAUGGAGCGCGCGCAACUAUGUAGAAAUAGGCGGGCUGUCGAAGGCAGAUCGCUGUUGUCGUCAGCACGAUCUGUCCUGCCCUUUUUGGAUCCUGGGCUUUGAGACAAAAUACCAACUGUUCAACUGGCGAGUGAAUACGCUGAUGCACUGCAGCUGUGAUGAGAGAUUCCGUACCUGCCUCAAAAUGGCUGACUCGAGCGACGCCAAUAUGGUCGGCAAGCUGUUCUUCAAUAUCGUGCAGUCCAAGUGUUUCGUUCUCAAGCCAGAAACGGUCUGCACCAAGCUGUCCUGGUGGGCGAAAUGCGAGAAGAAAGUCCGACGGAAAAGGGCACACAUUCGUGAUAAUAGGAAAUACUAGACAUAGUAUGCACCAUCCUUCAACUUUGUUGAGGUGGAAGUUCAAAUUACGGAAGCCACUACUGUACUUUUUCGGAUUGAAACCAAAAUGAAACCGAUUUGCUAACCGUUAGGCAAAGCAAACAUAAGACAGAUGACUGCAAGCCGUCAUAAAGCCGUUAUUUAUUGGUUAGCGUGCUAAGUUUAUUUAUUAGAAGCACAAAUUGAUGCCCAUGGCAUCGGAACCACUGACUCCUUAAACAAUGAUUCCUAUUAAUUUGUAAGAAUUGUUGGAGGCGACAGACGUCUCUACAUUUUUGUGUCUUAAAGGAAACUCAAAUUACUAAUCGAUAACUGAUAAGUGAACGAUUAGAAUCUACAAUCGUCACCAUCGACGAAGAAAUCAGAUCAAAUUCCGUACUGAUCCAUUACAUAGAAAAUGGCACUCUUGGAUUGCUGGUACAAAUUCCAUGACAAAAAUAUCUAAUUUGCAUUGUAAAAAUCUAUAACAUUUCCCAUUUUCUUAAAAAAAUUUAUUUAUUGCCGUCUAAUUUUCGAAUUAUCUGACUGAUUGACUGACUAGUUUAGUAAGAAUCAUUACUGAACGCAGUCAAUGAUUUUCAACUCGCCAAUGAAUAAAACGACUAGGUACUUUUAAUCUUAUCUACGAUAAUGCCACUUAAAUCGCGUACAUAAACCAUAAUCAAAACAAUAAAUGUACUCAUGUUAACGUUAUAAAGCUCUGUAAAUAAACAUAGGUAUUGCAUAUAAGUUUUUAACAUCUUAGGAAAAACUAGCAUGUUAAAUUAUAGUCUCGAAAAAGUGAUAAUCAAAAAACAACUGAAUGUAGUAAAGUGAACGAGUUUUUUUAUUUGAAUGUCUGAAUCAUUGCGAUGGUGUAAGAUGGAAUUUUGCAAUGAUCAUUAUAUACACAUUACUGAGGCUUUGUUCAAAAGCAGGUUUGUAAAUAAAGCUAAAAAUUUAACUCACA